AUGGCGGGGAAGGGAACCAAGGCCACGGCCGCCAAGUCGGCGGACAAGGACAAGGGGAAGAAGGCUGGCGGCCCCGUCUCGCGCUCCUCCCGCGCCGCACCUCAGAAGUCAGCUCCGAAGAAAGAUGUUUAUCAAUUGUUCGCCGAGAAGGUUAGGGAUAACAAACAACUGGAAUCAAGAUGGGCAAUCAUGCAAGAAACCCGUGUGGAGUAUUUCCGUGGAAAAGAUUUCAAUACCUUCAUCAAGAAUCAUCCAGAAGUCAGGGAAAUUUUGGGGCCAGAUAAGGAUUUAGAAGUGGAAGACAUUGUUAACACUUUGCUGACCAAGAACCUUGUGAUAAGGUGUGAUCGAGUUAUGAAAACUGUUAGGCCUGGCAAGAAAAAGCUAUCAUCAUGGCCUGCUCAUUUGGAGAUACAUAAUGAACAAGUGUUUACUGAAAAUGAUGGAUUUUUUGCUUGGAUGUUUCUGAAAAGGCGGACCUUGUGGCAGACAAUUCUUUCAUUUGUUUGGCCCCUUUUUGCACUGGCAGUCUGCUUAUUUCCAGUUUACCCAUACCAAUGCAAGAUUGUUGUACUGUACUCAUGUGCUGGAGCUCUAUUUUUCAUUGUCUCCAUUCUUUUGUUAAGAGCUGCUAUCUUUGGAAUCUUAUGGGUUCUCCUUGGAAAACGCGUGUGGUUCUUCCCCAAUAUAAAUGCAGAGGAGACAACAUUUAGAGAACUCGUUCGUUUUUGGCCUGAAAAGGAUGAAGGAGAGCGGCCAAAGUGGACAUCAAGACUUUUCUAUGCUCUUGUUGCUCUAUUGGUGAUAUUACUGCUUAGGCACCAUGCUCCUGACGAAGCAGCUAGAGCCAGGUACCAAAAGAAGGUUUCUAACAUAAUUGAUGAUGUUCUUGAAUGGUCUCCGAAGUUAGCUAUUUCUGGGAUGAUUGAAAAACACACUGGGGCUAACAUUACAGAAGAAAGCAAUUACACCAGCAGGGCUGCGAGUAGUCAUGUGCCGCCUCCUUCCACCAAAGGCAAAGCUUCAGAAGCCGGCCCAGAUAUGGAUGUUGAUGGGGAUACUGAGGCUAACUUAGAUGAAACCCAAGAUAAUGAAUAUGCUGAUGAUACAAGAUCAAACGAAGCUUAA